AUGAAUGGAGCAAACCAAUCCAUAGUAUCUGAAUUUGUACUCCUGGGACUCUCCAAUUCCUGGAAGAUUCAGGUUUUUCUUUUUUUCUUUUCUUGUCUCUUCUAUUUAUCCAGUUUGAUAGGAAAUCUCCUCAUAGUCAUCACUGUAAUUUCUGACCCUGACUUGCAUUCCCCCAUGUAUUUUCUGCUGGCCAAUCUCUCUGUCAUUGAUCUUAUAUUUUGCUCCAUUGCCACACCAAAGAUGAUUAGUGAUCUUUUUAGGAAGCUGAAAGUCAUCUCCUUUGGGGGCUGUAUAGCUCAGAUAUUCUUUAGCCAUGCUGUUGGAGGCACUGAGAUGGCCCUGCUCACAGCCAUGGCCUUUGACAGGUAUGUAGCUAUAUGUAAGCCACUGCACUACUUGGCUAUCAUGAGCCCGCGGGUAUGCAUUUUUAUUUUAGUAGCUGCCUGGACUAUUGGUCUCAUUCAUUCAUCAGUCCAGUUGACUUUUGUGGUAAACUUGCCCUUCUGUGGCCCUAAUGUGUUGGACAGCUUUUACUGUGACCUUCUUCACCUCAUUAAACUUGCUUGCAUAGAUACUUAUAAGUUACACUUCAUGGUCACUGCUAACAGUGGGUUCAUUUCCUUGGGUGCACUGUUCAUGCUCCUGUUCUCAUACUUCUUCCUCCUGGCUACUCUUAAAAAACAUUCCUUAGGCAGUUCAUCCAAGGCUGUUUCCACUCUGUCUGCUCAUAUUACUGUGGUGGUUUUAUUCUUUGGUCCACUUAUUUUUUUCUAUACGUGGCCCUCUCCAAAAGAUAUGGACAAAUUUCUAGCCUUAUUUGAUGCAGUUUUGACUCCUUUCCUAAACCCAGUCAUCUACACAUUUAGGAGUAGAGGAAUGAGGGUAGCAAUGAGGAAGGUGUUCAGGCAGCUCUUGGGUGUUAGAAAACCGUGUCUUGGUGGAAAGACAGAAUCUCCAAGUGACUCCUGGAAAUCAUAA